UUAUUCGUUAAGUUUUCUUUUCGGUGCGUCUCCAUUUUGCAUAGAGCCGUAUAAAAAAUUGUGUAAAUUUUUACAAAAAUUACAAUAUUCUUAUUGAAAAUAUUGUAAAAAACGGCUAAAUUAAAGAAAACAAUGUAUUUGCUAACCUAAUUACAUUAAAUGUGUCACUUUUAGUGUGUUUUUCUAAGCAAAAUUACCAAGCGAAAAAUUAAAAAAAAUAAGAUUCCAUAAUUUUUUUUGCUGAAUUUUUUUUCGUAUUACAUUUUAAUGCUGCUUUCGUAGCUGUCGUCGUUGUCAAGAUAAGGCAGUUGUUAAUUUUUUUUUUUAAUUUUUGCUGCUAUUGCUGUUCUUGUUUUUUAUUAUUUUCGCACCACGCCGUUUUGGAGUUGUACCCGGUUUUUUCUUCUGCUUUCUCAGCUUUUGUGGUCUUGUGUAUAAAAAAAAAGUAUAAAUAUUUUCUUAACCAAUAAAAAGUGUGGGAAAUUCAAUACAAGUGUUUUUGUUAUUAUUUAAAAUAAAAUAAUAAAAAAGUUAGGCUAAAAAAGAACCGCAAAUAAUUAUAAUUGAUGGCCUGAAAAAUGGCAUAAUUAAAAGUUAUCCAAGGAAAUUUGUGUAGCCUAAAAACACAUUUUUAUUUCCUCGGCCACGAAAAAGAAAAAGUUUUCCAAUAUUUGUUUUAUAAUUUGUUUCUACAUUCUUAUUUUACCAACAAUUCAUCCGUCGUUGUUCAUAAAUUAAGGGUGACAAAAUGAUGUUCACGGGCACCACUCAACAACAAGACACUCGCUUUAGCGACAAAGAAAAGAAACUUAUGAAACAAAUGAAAUUUGGUGAUUGUCUCAACAAACGAGUCGACAUGUCCAAAGUCAAGCUGGAUGUAUUAAGGCCAUGGAUCAGUAAGAAAAUUACCGAUAUGUUACACAUGGAAGAUGAUGUAGUCGCUGAGUUUGUUUACAAUCAACUGGAAGAAGAAAAAUUUCCUUGCCCCAAGAAAAUGCAAAUAAAUAUGACUGGAUUUUUAAACGGUCCCAAUGCCCGACAAUUUAUGGGUGAAUUAUGGGCUCUUCUACUAUCGGCGCAAGAUAGUGAUACUGGCAUACCAGCCGAGUUUAUACAACAGAAAAAAGAUGAAAUUCUCAAAAGAGACGAAGAGAAUAAGCAUCGAGAACGAAAUGAUAGAUCAAGAUCUAGAUCCCGUUCUCGUUCAAGAGAUAGAGGUGAUAGACGUGGUACAGGAGGAGGACGAGGAGGAAGUUCUGGUGCUGGUGGUACUACUAAAGAUCGUGAUUUAACACAAAAAGAACGUGAACAACAAUUACCGCCCAGCACUCUUAGCGCCAUUGAACAGGUACGUUCUCAUCUCUCGGCUAAAAAUCGUUCGAAUUCCGAUGAACAACGUAAUUCGCAUAAGGAUGAUGAUAAAACUACAAACAAUGUAGAGAAUCAGUCAACAAAACGUGACAAAUCUCGAUCUAAGUCAAGAGAUAAUCAUGUGGAUAAAAAUAGAUCACCACGUAAACGUUCUAGGGAUAGAUCGGUGCAGAAAGAACGCUCUUCACGUGAUCGUAGCUCACCUCAGCGCCGGCGUAAUGGUUCUAGAGAAAAAGAUCGCAGACGUAGCUCAAGAUCACCGCGACGCCGUUCACCCGAUCGCCGCAGACGAAGAUCACGUUCUAGAGAUCGUAGUGUACGACGACAAAAAUCACGUUCUAAGACACCUCAAAAACGUCGAGAUAAUUCUCGCUCACGUAAUCGCAAGUCACGCUCACGUUCGGUAGAAAAACGCAAAGUGAGUCCGCCACCCCCUAAACCAGCUUCACCUAAACGCAAUCGUUCCGAGUCAAGAAAUUCGAAUCCGGCACAAAAUGGUCAUGAGAAAAAAGGCUCCGCUUCUAAGAAUCCCCGCAAUCCAUUUGCGGCCAAAAAUAAACGUUCAUCUUCCCGCAGUCGCAGUAGGGCCACAUCACCGGGUGUUCGUAAACCCAAACCGCGUUCACCGCCUCGUUCUUCUCGUUCACGCUCUCGUUCCCAUUCAUCAGCACGCUCAAGUCCCAAACGUAAUAAUAAACGUUCGCCUUCACGCUCUGCUAGUCUGUCUCUUUCACCCGAACCACCCCAAGAGGAUUUCGAAUUGAAGCGUAAUAAGAAUAGUAUACAAAAUAAACGUCAAUAUCGCAAUAAUAGAGACUCUUCGGCCAGUUCUUUAGAUAGAGAUGGUGGACGAGGAGGAGGUGGUGGUGGCGGCGCUGGUGGCAGGAGAGGUGAUUCACGCAGCCGUGGCAGAGGUUUUAUGCAUAAUCGUAAUAGAAGAACACCAUUGCGGUUUGAUGAUAGAGGUCCUGGAGGCGGCGGAGGUGGACGUCAGCAACGUUCAAGAUCGAGGAGAAGAUCUCGUUCGCGCCAGCGUUCAUUUUCACGCAAUCGCUCUAGAUCGCCUAGAAGAUUCAACCGGCGUCGUUCACCGUUCCGCGGCAAUAAUCGCAACAAUCGUGGACGCAUGAAUCACUGGAAUCGUAGAAGCCAAAGUCGUGAACGUGGUGGCGGCGGUGGCGGCAGAGGCAUGAUGGGUGGCGCUGGCAAUCGUUUCGAUAAUCGUCGCAAUCAAUCACCGCCACGACGUUUUUCACGCGAAAGACGUUUCUCACCUGUGCAAAAUCAAUUUCGCAAAUAUUCACCCCAAUGGCGUGGUUCACCACCCAGACGAUCACGCGAACGCAGGCCUAAUUCACGAGAACGACGACCGUCAUCGCCCUUGCGAGGAUCUUCACCGGAACGUGGCGGUGGUGGAAGUGGACGUGGUGGUGCUGCUGGUGGUGGAGCCUUCAAUCGUUGGGAUCAAUCACAAAGAAAUGCUGCUGUUGCACCCCCAGUCAAUAAACCAAAGCAACGUUCGCCUUCGCCGGGUUCGAAUUGGGAAGAUGAAUCGGAUAAUGAGAAUGUAAAGAAGAACAUGAGUAGUAAUCGUCGUAGUAGUGAGACUAGAAAAUCCUCACCACCACCACCACCAGCGUCCAAAGAGAAGGCACGUAAAAAUCGCAGUCUCAGCAGGUCACAAGAACGUUUCAAGAGGGUGCCUAAUCGUUCUAGGGAAAGUGGUGGACGCUCUUCGGUGGAGUACUGUGCCCCAGCGGUAAAAACUAUAGACUUAUCACGAGAUGAAGCAGAGGAAGCCGCACGUAAACAUUCUAAAGCAGAAACCAUAGCCCCCCUAGAAACUAAAACCAAGAAGUUAACAGCUGUACAAACAACUGCAACCGGCGGGCGACGAGAUCAUUAUAGUGUUAGUUUAUCUAGGACACCCUCUCCAUUCCUUAAACCCCAUGAGCGCAAGCAAGCUGCUGCUGCGACUACUCUAGACUCCCAAGCCUCCUCUAGCAAGGAUAAAAAGUCAUUGACUAAAAAACGACCAGACAGUGAUACAAGUUCCUCAGAUAGUUCAGAUGAUAGUGACGAUAGCGAAGAUGAGGAUGACAGCACAGAUGAAGAAGAACGUGAAAGAGUAAGACGUGAAAAAGAAAAAGCCAAAGCUAAAGAAGAAUUAAAGAAAACUCAAACUGCAUUGGCCAAUAAAAAGUCUGAAAAGUUGGAAAAUGAAAAGAAAAUGGAAAAGUCAAACAAAACGCAACGCAAACCACAACAGACUUCAUCUAGUGAAAGUGACUCAGAAGACUCCGAGGAGGAGAAACAAAGAAGGAAAAAGUCUUCUACGAAAACAACAGCUCCUUCGAAGGUAAAUCAUAAGGAAAGUAAGACGCAUCAUGGCAAUGAGGAGGAGCAACGCAAACGAGACAAAUUGACGUUAGAGGUGGCUGAGAAACGUAAACAUACGGAAGCAAGAGAAACCAAUAGCUCAACCUCGGCUAAACGUUCUAAAACUAGUGCUGAAAAACAAGUAAUUACUACUACUACAAACACCUCCUCAUCCUCGUCGGCUAAAAAAUCCAGCAGCUCCUCAAAAACAGAACAUAAGAAACCCAAAUCCGAUACGGAAUCAGAUGUGCCCGCUGCCAACAAUAAGUCAAUGGAAAUGGAGUCCAAAUCCUCCAAAUUACAGGCCCGCAAAAGAACACAUUCAGCCACAAAUAAUGAGCGUAAAAAGUCUAAAAAUGAUUCCUCAGACACGGAUGAACAUACCGCCAAAAAGAAACGUAAAAAAUCUAAGAAAUCCUCUUCAAAACGUAAUUCAGAUGAUGACUCCUCCUCCGAUACGGAGGCCGAGUCCAAUAAAAAGAAAAAACACAAGAAACACAAAAAACACAGUAGCAAAAAGAGUAAAAAACAUAAGAAACACAAGAAAAAGAAUAAAAAGGCUGACAGCUCAUCGAGCAGUGAUGAUGACAACGUUAUGGAAACACAUCGCAAAGAGGAAAAGUCUUCUAAGGCAGGAGGCUCAAAUUCAGCAUCCAUGUUGUUGGGCGGUGUUAAUGAGGAUUUAGAAAAACAAUUAAGAGAAAGAGCUCUUAAGUCAAUGAAGAAAAUGGAUUAGAACUCUAGGAAAUACA